AUGGCUACUGUAAUAGCUAGGAAUUUUCUUGUUCCUAUGGAUGAAAUAUUAUUAAAAGGAAGGUAUGAUGAAGAGGUUGCUGAUGACUCUAUGGCUUUUCGCAUUCAGAGCGUUGCUUCUGUCUCCAACCUAGCUCGUCGUUUGCUUGCUAGAGAGAAUAAAGCUUUGUCAAAAUUGGUGGGUUUAUACUAUAAGGAUAUGCAGACAAAGCUUGAUAUGUUGCAGAGUUCUAAUGAAAAGAUUCUGGAAGACCAAGAGAGGCUCAUGGUUAAGGUCAAGAGGAGCCUUUCUCCUUCACCCGAAUGGAACUUGAUAGAUUUUAUAAAGCCUACUUAUUUAUUGUAG